AUGCAGACUGCUUUUACCAUUAUAGGUUGCCACAUGUGCAAUAAAUCCAUCCAUGAAAUUUCCUUGCUACUAAAUAUUCCACGGUCAACUGUUAGUGGUAUUAUAACAAAGUGGAAGCAACAACAGCAACACAAAGUGGUAGGCCACAUAAAAUAACAGAACGGGGUCAGCAUAUGCUGAAGCGCACAGUGCACAGAAGACACCAACUAUCUGCAGAGUCAGUAACUAAAGAUCUCCAAACUUCAUGUGGCCUUCAGAUUAGCACAACAAUUGUGCGUAGAGAGCUUCAUGGAAUAGGUUUCCAUGGCCAAACAACUGCAUCCAAGCCUUACAUCACCAAGUGCAAUGCAAAGUGUUGGAUACAAUGGUGUAAAGCACACUGCCACUGGACUCUA